ACGGUUGCCCAAAAUAAAUUUUAAAGAUGAAUUAUGGAAGAAAAACUCCUUCGACGUAUAGGUCGAAUCCUUCAGUUUAUUCACAUAUGACUGGAAGGUCAUCGACUAAUUUAAAAUCGAGCAGGUCUAUGCGCUCUGUCAAAAUACCAUGGUAUCAGAAACCUAUCCUGAAAGAUGCCUUUCUUAUUGAUAUUCAAAGAGGAUCACUAUGGAUGAGCGGAUUCUCAGUUUUUUUAGCUCUAUUUACAAUGGCAACUGCUAUGUUUGAUAUAUAUUGCUUAGCAAUGGCAGUUCCAGGCAGCACGCAUUAUGGAUAUUAUAUAAUUUCCUUCGAAUUUGUCUAUGUAGGGAGUGUUCAUGUUCGAAAUGCAUUAAUAGUAUUUGCAUUAUUUUCCCUGAUUGGAGGAUUUUGUGUUCUUGUGACAAGUGUAAUGUUGAUAGUAGCUCUUCGAAAGGAAUAUGAAAAAAAGAUGCUGCCGUGGAUAUAUGUAUUUGCUGCAUUUACACUAUUCAGAUUAUUUGCAUUUUUGUUUUUUGCAAUUGUAAAUGAUUUGAUAUUUUCUUAUAAUAUCCUAAUUACUUUGUGCUGGUGCCUCUUUAUCUUGAUAUCAAUCUACGGAUGGUUACUCAUCUACUCAUUGUAUCUUGAAUUAUCUGAUUUGACAAAGUUAGAGGAUCUUGCACAUUUAAGAAUGGGAACAAUGGCUUCAAUUAAUGCAUCAACAACGCAUUCAGUAGCUGGUUCGAGACCUACAACACCUCAUAGUACAGUUUCUACAAUGCCAGUUGAAUAAAUAUUAAUUAUUUUACAUUUUUUACUGUUUCGGAAUUCUACUUUU